AUGGCUCCUACUCGAUCCGUCAAGAAGCCCGCAAGUGGGAAAGGCGCUCUUCCGUCGUCUAAGCCCAGCUUUCUCCACGAUGAAUUCCGCACCACGAAAAAGGACAAGCGCUUGAUCAAGCACAGCAGCUUUGUGUCUCGGAUAGAAAAGAACUCUCAGAAAUCUACAAAGCGUCGGCGUGCCUCCAAGAAACUUGCUGCUUUGGACUCGUUGGCCGAUGCGCUUCCGGACGCCGACGACGACGUGGCCGACCCUAGCAAACAGGUCAAUAUCAUUAAGCAGAAAACUCUGCAGCAUAGACCCGGUGCUAUGAAGCGUCGAGAGAAGCUGGAACGGCUGGAGCGCGAUCGGUUUGCGAAGAAUAUGGCGCAGAUGUCCAGCAUGCAAGCACCAGCGCCUACCACUGCCGACUCCAACAGCAACACGGAUGAGGGCUCGGUCUCCAAUCGAUGGGCGGCCCUGCGGAAUUUUAUAUCUCAAACCAUGGAGCAGCAGCCUGCCUUCAAAUCAAGCAGCUAG